CCCGGGAUUGUGUCGCCGUUUAAGCGAGUAUUCCUAAAAGGAGAAAAGAGUAGAGACAAGAAAGCCCAUGAGAAGGUGACAGAGAGGCGCCCCCUGCACACCGUGGUGCUGUCCCUGCCCGAGCGCGUCGAGCCGGACAGGCUGCUGAGCGACUACAUCGAGAAGGAGGUGAAGUAUUUAGGUCAGCUGACGUCCAUCCCAGGGUACCUGAAUCCCUCCAGUAGGACGGAAAUCCUGCACUUCAUAGACAAAGCCAAGCGUGCGCACCAGCUCCCGGGACACCUGACGCAGGAGCACGACGCUGUGCUCAGCCUGUCCGCCUACAAUGUCAAGCUGGCCUGGCGGGAUGGGGAGGAUGUCAUCCUCAGGGUGCCCAUCCACGACAUCGCUGCCGUCUCCUACGUGCGGGACGACGCCGCGCACUUGGUGGUGCUGAAGACAGCCCAGGACCCAGGCAUCUCCCCCAGCCAGAGCCUGUGCGCGGAGAGCUCCAGAGGCCUCGGCGCGGGGCCCCUGCCGGAGAGCGCGGUGGGGCCGGUGGAGGCCUGCUGCCUGGUCAUCCUGGCCACGGAGAGCAAGGUGGCCGCGGAAGAGCUGUGCUCCCUGCUUGGCCAGGUCUUCCAGAUCGUUUACACGGAGUCCACCAUCGACUUCCUGGACCGAGCCAUCUUCGAUGGGGCCUCCACCCCUACCCACCACCUGUCCCUGCACAGCGAUGACUCUUCCACGAAAGUGGACCUGAAGGAGGCCUACGACGCCGAGGCCAGCACCUUCUGCUUUCCCGACUGUGCGGACGCUGGCGGGCUGCCGCCGCUGUCCUGCAUGCAGGCGUCGCCGCACGGCAAGACGGCCAGCGAGAGCGAGCUGAGCACCAGCGCGGCGGAGCUGCUGCAGGACUACAUGCUCACGCUGCGCACCAAGCUGUCCUCGCAGGAGAUCCAGCAGUUCGCAGCGCUGCUGCAUGAGUACCGCACCGGGGCCUCCAUCCACGAGUUCUGCAUCAGCCUGAGGCAGCUCUACGGGGACAGCCGCAAGUUCCUGCUGCUCGGUCUCCGGCCCUUCAUCCCCGAGAAGGACAGCCAGCACUUCGAGAACUUCCUGGAGACCAUCGGCGUGAAGGACGGCCGCGGCAUCAUCACCGACAGCUUCGGCCGGCACCGGCGGGCGCAGAGCACCACCUCCACCUCCACCGCCAACGGGAGCAGGGCCGCAGGCAGCCCCGACGACCGCUCGGGGCCCUCCGAGGGGGACGAGUGGGACCGCAUGAUUUCGGACAUCAGCAGUGACAUCGAGGCACUGGGCUGCAGCAUGGACCAGGACUCGGCGUGACACGGGUGGCGGGAGCGCCACACCCUCCCCAAGGCCACUCCGGGCCGCCCCGGGAGGAGGCGCCGGCCCCGCUGCGGGCCCUUGGCGCCAGCAUAGGUGGCCGGCGGCAGCAGGUCCUCUACUGUGAAGGGGCGCAGAGCCACCGCAGGACGCGUCCUGGCGCAGGGCAGAGGCUCCACGCUUGUCCCGGGCUCAACAGGGCCUGCACCGGCCCCGUGUGCGGAGGCCGGGCCCAGCCACGCCGGCAGGAAAGCCAGGCCUGUGGCCAAGCCAAGACAGCUGUCAUUUUGCACAUGACGUUCCUCAUGUCACUCUCAGAGACCUUAAAAGAAGUUUACUGCAAUGUGAAUAAUUUAA